AGUGCGCCCGUGUGUACAUGUGGGAAAUGGAGGGUUGUAAUUUUCUCAGCACUUACUAUAAACAGCGAAGAAGGCAGUGUGGAAAUGCUGUUUAAGUAAACUUAAGGAAACAACCUUACGGAAAACAGUAGUUAAAAGAGCUACGGGAAAGAGGGAAGCGCGCCGGUUUUUUCCCGCGCUGGCUGGGUGGUGGUGGUGCGUCUCGAAGUGAAUGAAUCUCAGGCGAAGAAGUGUGACGGUUGAAUGAACUUUAAGACGUGACCUUUGCAAUACGUCAGUGAACAGGACGAGUCUGAUGGCCCCUGACGUGCUCCCCGAGCGCUCAGCCCCAUGGCGGUGGGCAUGCGGCAGUCUGCCUUCGCGGUGUCUCCUCUGCCUCCCUCGGGUCCACGCCACUGAUACACCCCCACGGGAGGCUCCCCCUUCCUCCACCACCCUUCCCCAACACCUGCGCAAACCCGAGUUCCCGGAUUCAGGCUGGGAGCGCAUCCAGGAGCUCUUCCACAGGGAAGAGAUGCAGCCGUACUCGGAGGAGGUGACCAACGUGGUGAAGAGCGCGGUGGCAGCGGCCAUGCUGGGCAUGGUAUACGGAGGACUACCGGCAGCCCGCCAUGCCCGAGAGAGGUUCAUUCAGCAGAGCCACGCAGAGGUGUUCCAGAGCCGCAUGGAUGCUGUUCGCUCCGCUCACAACGCUGCCAUCCGUGGGUUCAUCAGGUACGGCUGGAGGUGGAGCUGGCGUGUUGCAGCUUUCGUCACCUUGUUCAACACCAUGAGCAUGGGGAUAUGUGUAUACAGAGAUGAGUAUGCUGUCAGCCACUACGCAGCUGCUGGAGCAAUCACCGGAGGCGUGUUCAGACUGAACCUUGGUCUGGGAGGAGUAAUGGCAGGAUCAGCCAUUGGAGCAAUGCUGGGGGUGCCCGCAGGAGCGGUCAUCAUGGCCAUGCAGAAACUAGCAGGCGAAACCAUUCGGGAAAGGAGGAGGAGGGAACGACGGGAGCUGUAUGAACUGAAGUUGGAGGAAUGGAGUGCCCGUCUGCAGGUGACGGAGGAUCUCAUUAACCAAAUGAGCAGCAACAACCAGGACCCUGACUCUGAUUCGGAACUGCAGAAGAUCCAGGAGCUGCUCAGUCUGCCCAGGAACGAGGGUGUGGCCAAGGAUUCGGGUGGCCAAUGACAGCGCUGACGCUGACAGACUCAUCGCUGUAAUGUAAUCAUUUGGACCCAUCAGCCCAGCAGCUGGUCUGGUUUUCAUCCUGGACGUUGUGGGGCUGCUGUCUGUUGAUGUGCUGUUUCUGAUCGGCCAACAGGCCUUGGAAACGCUGCAAAGAAGUGCGUUCCUGUGCAGGAUGUCGGUGAGGGAGCUGAUCCAGAAUGAGUGACAAAACCAGCAAUUCUUUCACACCUAGUGGCACCUCUGGAAUUAUUGAUAUCGUUGGUUUCUAUGUCCAGAUGAAUGUGCAGUUUUUCUCUGAAUGAAUUUCAAGCUGGAGAGUUUGUUAUAUUUGGCUCACAGUGUCUCGAACCGCCAUCCAUCCAUCCAUCUCCUGCUUGUGGAGCAGGUUCCCGGUUACAAGGCUUAGCUAACCUGUUUGUUAAACCAAAUUAUCCCAUUGGAUUAAUCAGUGUUAUGUCUUUAAAUCCUCUCCCAGUGGUGUCUAA